AUGGAUUCUUCGUGCACUUCAUGUAAUCAGACCAACAGCCUCGGGAUAUUCGAGGGGAUUCGACUCACACUCGUGUGCAAGUCAUGCGCGUCAACCGCACUCAGUGACGAGGGUGACCCCAUCGUUUGCUUCUCCAAGGCCAGGGACCUUUUCCCUACGAUACCGCCGAAGCGCGUGAAACAAUUGAUGUCUACGCCGCGACGCAACCCCCACUACCGUAACGCCGCGCCUAUGCGCAUGUAUUCGGUGGCGGAGCUGAGGGUGUUGCAAGGCGCGGUGGACCAAGAGUGUGAGGCCAAGGCCGCUCAGGUUGCACAGAAGCGACAGGUCCGGCUCGAGCGGUUGACGAGGGUGCACGGCAUCAGCCCCGCUGCUCCGCUGCACCAUGCUCUAUUCUCUCACAUUUUCGGGGAUUAUCUGUGGGCGGCACACCCGAAGCAAAAACUGAAGCAGGUCAAGUACAGGUUUUCGGCACACGACAUUUCAGUGCGGCUGUGCUCGCCGGACCCCGUUGCGGCCAUGAAUUAUUGCGAGAACCGCGGCAUCACCGCGUUCGUGUACGACCAGCUGCGGCGGGCUUUCGAGUACUCGCUAUUUGUGUCUACACGCGCCUUCCGGUUGGAGGGGGUGGCUAUCUCGCGCUACCUCUGCCCAUCGGAGCUGGCUGAACUAAAAAACGGACCUCUGUCCCAAAUUCCGGCGAGCGUCGAGCGACUGAAAAAAAACGCACCAAGAAUGCUACGCAUGGCGCUGCAGGGCCAGGGGAGUUGUAACAUAAGUAGUACCGAGGUCGAGCGAAUGAUGAAGUAUCCCGCGAUGAGAACGAGGGUGCGGCGAUGCAUCGAGUACGCCCACGACCCCGAGACGGUAGCGGCCAAGAUGGCGGAGUUUUGGCGCACGAAAGACGACCGCACGCACCGGCGCCGUAUGCUGCAGGACGCCAUGGAUUUGAGAGGGCUAGACAUUCGGCCCGAUAGCGUGUACUGCCAUGACUACAUCUGUGGUCUGAUAGACGUCGACCUCGAGGAGCUCGUGGGAAUACAGUACAUCACCCGCGAGCUGUUUGAUACCGGUGGCCCGCGUUUCUGGAGCGAGUAUCACCACGCGUGCGAGUCCGCGUACAGGGAGGCGUUGCUCGAGAACGGCAACACCAUGGACCAGUCAAUUAAAAUGGCGCUACGAGGGCGCGGCGGUAAUCAUGUUGUCGANGAGCGAAUGAUGAAGUAUCCCGCGAUGAGAACGAGGGUGCGGCGAUGCAUCGAGUACGCCCACGACCCCGAGACGGUAGCGGCCAAGAUGGCGGAGUUUUGGCGCACGAAAGACGACCGCACGCACCGGCGCCGUAUGCUGCAGGACGCCAUGGAUUUGAGAGGGCUAGACAUUCGGCCCGAUAGCGUGUACUGCCAUGACUACAUCUGUGGUCUGAUAGACGUCGACCUCGAGGAGCUCGUGGGAAUACAGUACAUCACCCGCGAGCUGUUUGAUACCGGUGGCCCGCGUUUCUGGAGCGAGUAUCACCACGCGUGCGAGUCCGCGUACAGGGAGGCGUUGCUCGAGAACGGCAACACCAUGGACCAGUCAAUUAAAAUGGCGCUACGAGGGUGCGCCUCGGGGCGCAGGCGGUGGAACUGA